AUGCUCGAUCUUAAAGAUACAAAAAAAGCAUUAAAUUAUUUUGAACAGUCAUCAAAAAUAAAACGAAAUGUGAGCACAACAUCAUCAGAAUCUGAGAAUACUGAUGCUGUUCAUGGUAAUAUUUGUAUUCUUUGUGUUUUUUUUUCACAUUACCAAAUGGCUUUAAAAUAUUAUCAGAAAGCACUCAGUCUUGCUUUAAAAACAUUAUCAAAUAAUGAUCGCUCAAUAUGUCAAUAUCGAAAUAAUAUAGCUGAUAUUAAAAAAAAAACAUUUGAAAUUCAACAAUGA